UUAAUUUUCGACAGUCGCGAAAUGACUCAGUAAAAAUGAGCCGAGAUAAGUGUGAUAUCUGUGAUAGGAUAAAUCAACAAUUAUUGCAAUAUUGAAACAGUUCGUAAAAAUGUUGACUCUAAUAUUGGGUGUAAUUUUGGGUGCGAUAAUUUACUACAAGUUGAGAAAACCGGCCCAUUUUUGGGCCGAAAAAAACAUCCCCCACCUGUCAUCAUGGCCCAUUGUUGGCAACAUGUGGCCAUUUGUGGUCCAAAAGAAACACAUCACGGAAAUAAUUGCUGAUAUUUACCGCCAGUUUCCGACAGACAGAUAUGUGGGUUAUUAUCACUUCAUGACCCCGACUCUCUUGCUACGAGACGUUGAAUUGAUUAAACAAAUCGGAGUGAAGGAAUUUGAUAGUUUUCACGACCACGUUUCUGUCAGUAAUACCAACACUGAACCUUUACUCAGUGAAGCUUUGACUAAUUUACCUGGAGAGAAGUGGAAGGAAAUGAGGGCGACUCUAAGUCCGGCUUUUACCAGCAGUAAAAUCAAAAAUAUGUACAGUUUGAUCUCCGAAUGUGCGGAAAAUUUCGUCGAUUUUUUCCAAGGCAGGGAGCAGGACGUUGAAAUCAAGGAAGUUUUCUCACGGUUUAGCAACGAUGUGAUUGCAACUGCGGCCUUUGGUAUUCGAGUUAACUCGGUCCAGGAACCCAACAAUGAAUUUUAUGCCAUGGGGCGAUCGCUAACCACUUUCAGUGCCUUCCAAAUUUUGAAAAUAUUCCUGGCACAUCUUGUACCAAAAAUCGCUGAAUUUUUUGAAUAUAGGGUACUACCAAGGAAAGUCACAGAUUUUUUCGAAGGUUUAAUUUUGGACAAUAUGCAGAAACGGGAGGCUGAAAAAAUUGUUCGGCCCGAUUUGAUUCAUUUAUUGAUGGAAGCUCGUAAAGGAAAACUUAAACAUGAUAAUAGUAAUGAAGGUGGUGAGGGUUUUGCCACAGUUGAAGAAUCAGAAAUUGGCAAAAACACGAAACAAGUGGAACUAACUGAUGAGAAAAUUGUGGCCCAAGCUCUGCUCUUUUUUUUCGCUGGUUUUGAAACUGUUUCCACGGGUGUCAGCUUCAUGGCGUAUGAAUUGGCCACAAACCCACACGUUCAGAAGAAACUACAAAAGGAAAUAGACUUGACACUGCAAGAAAAUCACGGAAAAAUUUCGUACAACGUGCUACAAUCGAUGAAAUAUCUGGACCAAGUUGUGUGUGAAAGUUUACGACUUUGGCCACCGGCUCCACAAACCGACCGUUUGUGUAAUAAAAAUUUUGUAAUUGAAGCGAGCAAACCCCAUGAGAGGACUUUCACAGUGGAGAAGGAUACAAUGGUUAUGAUAUCGAUGUUUGCAAUUCAUCGGGAUCCUCAAUAUUUUCCGGAUCCUGAAAAAUUUGAUCCUGAACGGUUUAGUGACGAAAAUAAGGCGAAAAUUGUGCCAGGGACGUACAUGCCGUUUGGUGUGGGACCACGAAAUUGCAUCGGUUCGAGGUUCGCUCUGCUUGAAAUCAAGACACUUUUCUGUCAUUUGCUAGCAAAAUUCGAUAUUGUACCAAAUGGAAAGACAGUUAUUCCGAUUAAAAUUAGCCCAAGUACGGCCAAUAUGGUGCCACAAGAGGGCAUCCACCUCACGUUCAAACCUAGGUUGUGAAAUAUAUUAUUUAAAGUUUCGUUCGUUAUCACUUUAAUUGUACAUAUAAAUUGAUACACCUUUAAAUUUAAAA